CAGGGUUGAGAAUGAGAAUGUGCGAGUCGUCCCCAGCGAUCGGGCGCGAGGAUAAUGUGUUUAGGUGCGAACCGCCACCGCCGCCACCACUCGAACGCGACGAUGACAACAACAUCCUUCCGCAAUAAUCGCCUCCAUCUCGGGCAGAAACAGAUCGCGUGAGAUCAAAUGGUGCAAGAAACGGACAAACGCGGUGAAAUUCCCAGAUCCCUUCUUCUUCUCCUCCUCCUAGGUCCAUGUGACUGAAGUCCACGGAAAUCUUCGAGAAGACAACAAAUGGAAACCGCUCCGAGAUGCGCAGUUGAUCGGUUCGGGGAGAUUUCAGGCAGAUCCUCUGCGAUGAUGUGAUAUUUAGAAAGAAAGAAAGCAGCAAACAGACAAAAGAAACAAUUAGAUGUUAUCGAAGAUGGGCAGUCUGCCUAAUUUACACGAGCUGGGAAAGGCGGAGGCGGCUAUAGAUCACGUUAAGAUUGGGCCGGCCGUGAGCAAUCCGCAUCAGCACAGCACUCUCACGCAGGACGAGAGGAAUAAAAUCCUGCACAGGCACAGCACCCACUGCAAAGCGAAAUACAAAGAGAGGACCUCGAAGAUUAUCUAUGACGACUUUAUGCUUGAGCAAAUGGCAACAUAUUCGCCAAUCUGCAAUAGAUCAACGCGUAAUUUAACGCACACCAUAAGACGAAGAGAUUCCAUGAACAGUUCGAUUGGGGCGAACAGCGUGAGGAGAUUGAUCGGCGUGGUGAGGAACACCAACAGCCGUCUGGGUCCUGUCUACAGUCGCAAAGUGCUCAUCCGCAACGUGAUCUUGAUCUGCGUGAGCCACGUACUGAUCACGGCGACCUUCCUGCCUUUCCUCGCGCUCCAGGGUAGCGUUUCGGUAUGGACGCAGCCGAUUCCGAACUCGGCCAUACCGGUAACCAUCAACCUGGGUUCUAUUCUGCUGACCAUCAUGCACGUCGCAGCUGCUGUCUCCAGCAUCUUAGCCCCAUCGCUCAUCCAAAAAUGGACCACGAACGUCAUCUUCGUGGUGGCUUAUUCGAUGUUGAGCCUAUUCCACGCAGCGCACUUCCAUCCUCUCCCCUACAUCAUCAUUCCCGUCUACCUGUUGUACGGCCUCUGCCUGGGUCCUCUGUCCGUCGCCAGGGUCAGCUUUCUAAUGACAAUCUCAACCAAGUUGAACUACAUGUACGGGGAGGAAGACGAGGAGACGAAGAUCAUACGGAGGACGUGCAUCAUUAGAAGAGUGGCGCGCGGUUUUCAGGCCGCUCACGAUUUCGGAUUGAUAUUCGGUUCAAUCCUUACCGCCGCCCUCAUCACAAUCACCAUCAAUUUGAAUACGCAAACCAUGCAGCUGCAAAUAGCGACUAAUACGACGUCUAACAGCACCGAUUGUUCGGACCAGUCCACUUGCGAUGCGAAUACCACCUCCAUGAACUUCUACGAGUACAACUCUUUCCUGGAUGACAUCUUCGACGUGGAUGAGAUGGGGGAUCGGCUGUGCGGAGCGCAGGCUUGUCCGUCUAGUUAUCAGCUACGCGGAGAGUUUAAAGUACUGCCCGAAGUCACCACCGUCGCCUUGGUUGGUCUCUACGUGGGCAUCUGCCUGGUGUCCAUAGUCAUCGUCGUGUUCUUUGUGGAUAAGAUUAAGUUGUACGUGUAUCAGGACCCUCUAGAGAGGAGUCCCGGGUUUGCAGCCUUCCGUGGAGUCAAAGAAUCCUUCAAGGAUUCAAGACUGCAGAUGGCCGCGCCUCUGGCCUUCUUCAUAGGACUGGAACAAGCUUUCAUGUACGCCGAUUUCAGCAAGUCAUACGUGGUGUGCACAUUGGGAAUUCAUCGACUGAACCUGGUUUUCCUGUGCAUGGGACUGCUUCAAUCCAUAGCCGCGUGCACGCUGAGUAUGCUCCUCAGAAGCAUCCGCCGAUAUUAUGUUAUAGCCGUCGGAUUUACUUUUCACGCUUGCCUGAUGAUGGUGCAAAUGCUAUGGAAACCAAUCGGCGACGAUCCCGCCUUGUUCUACGUCAUUUCCGCUGCCUGGGGCGUCUGCAACGCCGUUUGGGAGAUGAUGAACUUCACUCUGCUGACUGGUCUGUUUCCCGAUAACUGGGAGCCCGCCUUCGCCAACAGUUUCUUCUUCAGAUUCCUCGGUCUCGGUAUAGCCUUCGGCAGUCACGGAUUGAUCUGCAAUUGGUUGAAGCUGUACUUCCUCGGAAGCGCGAUGCUGGUGGCCGUCGUACCGUUCGCCUGGCUGGAAAUGCGUCUGGAGAAUAUGCGACGCGUGAAGAACGUCAGCCGUUUAUGACCGGCCCUCAGAGUUUGGUGAUACGCCCUUCUUCAUCUUCCGUGGAAAAGAAAACUGCCCAACUAAAUUGGAAUUGCAUAUUACAUCUUCCGUUUGCGGAAAACGAAAAAAAAAAUAUUAACUGACUACAGACAACAAAACGAAAUAUUUAACGCCCACCUAUUUCUAUUCAAAGAACAAAUUUGAAACGCCGAAGUUUUUGCAAGUAAAACAUAUCAACGUUAUCUACAUUAUGUAAUAUGCAAUUAUUGUAUGUAACUAUUUGGAUAGGCGAGUUUCAUCGCAGUCUCGUGCAUUCACCUCCUGUUGCGACGAUGGAACCGGCAGCAAUUUCGCUCAAAAACCGAACGAUUUCGUGAUACGAAAUACAUUUUUAACACUCAUCAUGAUAUUGGUUAGUCGCAAUAAUUGUCUAUUGAAGAUGCUCAAUUUUUUUUCUAAAACCAAAGAGCAAAUAACUAGUUGAUUGUUGAAUUAUUAUUAGUUAGAAGUUAAGCAACUUUUCUUUUAUAAUAUUUCGUGGAACGCUUGCAUCUCUCGAUGAUUAUAAUUAGGCAAAAAAAAGAUAUAACUGCUCAUUUUCGUUGAACCUCCCGUCAUUCAGUACAAUAUAAGAGACCAUUGCUGAAUAAUAAAAAAAAAAAUGUUGUGAUUUUAUAUGAAAAAGAAAAAAGAAGAGAUGUAGUCUGUAGACCACAUAUUGCCUUAUGGAUUGGUGAAGAGAUGCAAGUUGAUGACGAAAGAAAGCAAUCGUAAAUGUUUAAUAAUCGACCUUUUAUUUUCGUUAUAUAUUGUUUUGAUCAAUUGGUGAACUUUUAAAUGUUUAGAAGGUAAUAAGUACUCACGAGAGAAUAAUCUGCGUGCCAAAGAAAACAAAAAGCAUAUAUUUGUUGAUACCUGUACAUAAAAAAAAACAGUUGCUCUGAUCUUUAAUGUCGUUUCAAAACGCUGGUGUUUCUAUAACGCCCCGGCAAUUUUAUGAUAUACGAAUCAAACGGUUUUCUACAAAGAAACGACAUUAAUCUGCUUCAUCAACUUUAAAUUAAAUGAGAGAGGACAUUCCUUCGUUAUCUUUGUCAAUUGUGUAUAUGUAAAUAAGUAUUAUGGUAUAAAAAGCGCAACUCAGAGAACAUACAUUAUUAUUAUUAUAAUAUAUAUACAAGAAAAUAUGAGAGAAAAAGAAAACAAACAACUAUUAGCUAGACUGUGAUUUUGUAAAUA